CUACAAUCCUGUAAUAGAGGACAAGUUUUUCUUCUUUUCUUGAUUACGUGGGAAGGGAGGAGAGGAGACAAAGAUGCCGAAACCAAUUAAUGUGCGUGUGACUACUAUGGAUGCAGAGCUGGAAUUUGCCAUCCAACCCAACACAACUGGCAAACAGCUCUUUGACCAGGUUGUGAAGACGGUAGGUCUGCGAGAGGUCUGGUUUUUCGGUCUGCAGUACGUGGACAGUAAAGGCUACUCAACAUGGCUAAAGCUGAAUAAAAAGGUAAGGCUUUCCCUCCCACUUUUACCUUUUGAACUAAUGGCACUUUUCCACUGCAUGGUGAAGGAAGCCAUUUUGAAUGAUGAGAUUUACUGCCCUCCGGAGACAGCAGUCCUACUGGCAUCUUACUCUGUUCAGGCCAAGUACGCCGACUACAACAGAGACAUCCACAAGCCUGGUUACCUCACCAAUGACAGGCUGCUACCACAGAGAGUUUUGGAGCAACAUAAACUGACUAAAGAACAGUGGGAAGACAGAAUACAGACGUGGCACGAGGAACACAGGGGUAUGCUGAGAGAGGAUUCUUUGAUGGAGUAUCUGAAGAUCGCUCAGGAUCUGGAGAUGUAUGCAGUGAACUACUUUGACAUCAAAAAUAAGAAGGGAACAGAGCUCUGGCUGGGAGUGGAUGCUCUUGGUCUCAACAUUUAUGAACAUGAAGACAAGCUCACACCAAAGAUUGGUUUCCCUUGGAGUGAGAUCCGAAAUAUUUCUUUCAACGAUAAGAAGUUUGUCAUCAAGCCCAUUGAUAAAAAAGCACCCGACUUUAUGUUCUAUGCACCACGACUGCGAAUCAACAGGCGCAUCCUGGCUCUGUGUAUGGGCAACCAUGAGCUGUACAUGAGGAGGAGGAAGCCUGACACCAUUGAGGUGCAGCAGAUGAAGGCUCAGGCCAGAGAAGAAAAACACCAGAAACAGAUAGAGAGAGCUCAGCUUGAGAAUGAGAAGAAGAAACGAAAGCAUGCAGAAAAGGAGAAGGAGAGAAUAGAGCGAGAAAAGGAUGAGUUAAUCGAGAGACUGAGACAGAUUGAAGAACAGACGAUAAAAGCACAGAAAGAGCUGGAGGAGCAAACACGCAGAGCUCUAGAGCUUGAACAGGAGCGGAGAAAAGCAAAGGAGGAGGCAGAGAGGCUGGAGAAAGAGAAACUGGAAGCCGAGGAGGCCAGAGCAGCACUGGUCAAACAAGCAGCUGACCAGAUGAAGAACCAGGAACAAUUGGCAGCUGAGUUGGGAGAAUUUACUGCCAAAAUUGCCCUGCUGGAGGAUGCCAAGAGGAAAAAGGAAGAUGAGGCAACAGAAUGGCAGCAUAAAGCAUUGUCUGCUCAGGAAGAUUUGGAAAAAACCAAAGAGGAGCUGAAGUCGGUGAUGUCGGCUACAGCGGGUGGUGCAGCUGAGAACGAACAUGACGAGCACGACGAGAGCAGUGCAGAAGCCAGUGCUGAGCUCUCUAAUGAUGGAGUUGCUCACCAGCGAAGUGAGGAAGAAAGGCUCACAGAGACCCAGAAGAAUGAACGUGUCAAAAAACAGCUACAGGCCUUGAGCUCAGAAUUGGCCCAGGCCCGUGACGAUUCCAAGAACACCCAAAAUGAUGUUUUGCAUGCAGAGAAUGUGAAGGCUGGCCGGGAUAAAUACAAGACCCUACGCCAGAUCCGCCAAGGCAACACCAAGCAGCGUAUCGAUGAGUUUGAGUCCAUGUGAUGGCUGUACAUCCUCUUUGAUCGCCCCACUUUCCACCCUGUAGCCCUAAUGCCUUGAUGGCUGGCUUACAAGCACAGCUUUUGCCUGCCCAUACCUCUCCUAUAGACCAAUGAUCCUUGACCUUUGACCCCUACAGAGAGGCUUGAGGGACAUGGCUGCCACUCCCUCAAACUCUGCCAAAGCUCUCUCCGCCUGUGAUCAGCCCAUCCGGCUGUUUCCACGUAUUGAGCUCCUCAUAGCCCUACUCCAGAUUCGCCCAGUUAGGAGCAAGUGGUGCAUUGUACCGAACUCUUGAAUGAUGAUUUUGAUUUACUUUAAAUGCUUGGAAAUAUGUAUUUUAGAAGAGCCUGAAAUGAGUUUAAGCAAAAAUCUUUUUUUUAUUAAA